AUGAGCCUUUGCGUUCUUCUCACGAACACGUGCAACAACCUUAAUGCCACCCUCUUGUAUAAGCCAGCUGCAACAAGGAGCAUCAGCAACGUUGCUCACUGGAAUGAGGCGCAAAGGAGGCGGAACAACAGUUGUAACGCUCUUUUGGUAAGGACAAAAAACGCCCUAUACGUUAACCAACUCUGGAGCAACAGUAUAUGCAUCUCGAAGAAGAAGAAGAGCAUUUUAAAAGUGAACAAACUGGCUUUUACAAAAAUGGCAUCCUCCACCGGCGCUGACAAAUCCCAGGGAGACCUGUUGGAAAAAUUAAAACAGAAUCAGGUCGUAGGGGAAAACCCAGCCUUUAUCCAGGAGAGGCUAGCUAAGUACAACGAGUUGAAGGAGAAGAAGCGAAUUGAAAGGGAGGAGUUACUCAAGAGUGACCCCAAAUUUACUCGAAGCAUAAAUGUACAGUUGCUCGAUGGGUCUGUGAAAGUGGCACAGUGUAAUGUGACUACCCCUUUUCACAUUGCAAGCGCCAUUUCGAAGAGGCUGGCGGAGGACUCCAUCGUCGCGCGCGUGACGUAUGUAGAGAAGGUGAACCUGGAUCUCUGCGACAUAGAGGAGGAGGAGCAACAGGAGGAAGAAGCGAAGGGGGAAGCGGCGGGAGGCACCGCUCCAUUAGGAGGAGAAACGCCCCUGCUCUGGGACAUGAACGUGCCACUUAUAGGAAGCUGCAAAAUUGAGUUCCUGAACUUGGAGCACGAGGAAGCGAAGAAGACUUUCUGGCACUCCUCCGCGCACAUUUUAGGUAGCAGCUUGGAGAAGCUCUUUGGAGGCUACCUCACCAUCGGACCCCCCUUAAAGGAAGGCUUCUACUACGACAUUUAUUUACGCGAUUUUUCCAUAACCAAUGAACACUACAAAAAAAUAGAAGAGGAAUUUAACAAACUCAUAAAAGAAAAUGCAGAAUUUGAAAAACUUAUUUGUACGAAAGAUGAAGUGAUGGAUCUGUUCAAAUAUAAUCCCUUUAAGUUAGAAUUGAUCAGAUCAAAAAUCCCUGAACAUAAAAAAACUUCAGUGUAUAAGUGUGGAAAUUUUAUCGACCUGUGUUUAGGGCCACACAUAAAAAGUACAGGCAAGGCAAAAGCAUUCAAGGUGUUAAAAAAUUCAGCUGCCUACUGGUUAGGAAAUAAAAACAAUGAAAGUCUGCAGAGAAUAUAUGGAAUCACAUUUCAAAAAAAAACUGAACUAAAUGAUUAUUUAAAUUUUUUAGAAGAAGCAAAAAAAAGAGAUCAUCGUAAUGUAGGGAAGAAAUUACAUUUCUUUUUUUUUGAAAAGGACACAUCGCCAGGGUCAUGUUUUUGGCUACCUCAUGGAGCUAAGAUAUACAAUAAAUUAAUUGACUUUGUUAGAAGAGAAUAUAGAAUAAGGUUAUAUGAUGAAGUGAUUACUCCAAAUGUUUUUAGUUGUGACUUGUGGAAAACCUCUGGCCAUUACCAAAAUUAUAAAGAUUGUAUGUUUAUUUUUAAUGUGGAACAGAAGGAAUGGGGAAUGAAACCCAUGAACUGUCCUGGACAUUGUAUUAUGUUUAAACAGUUAAAUGCUUCAUACAGGUCACUACCCAUAAGAUUAGCUGACUUUGGGGUUUUGCAUAGGAAUGAAAUUUCUGGUAGUUUGAGUGGACUUACAAGAGUACGUAGAUUUCAACAAGAUGACUCACACAUUUUUUGUACCUUUGACCAAAUAAAGGAGGAAGUAUUAAACACUCUUCAUUUUAUAUUCUUCAUUUAUGACCUGUUUGGGUUUAAAUAUGAAUUAUUUUUAUCCACAAGGCCGAAGAAGUUUAUUGGAAGUAUAUCCACAUGGGAUUUUGCAGAGCAAUCUUUGAAGGACGCUCUGAAUUCAGCAAAUAUACCGUGGAAAUUGAAUGAAGGAGAUGGAGCUUUUUAUGGCCCUAAAAUUGAUAUACUCCUCAAGGACAGUAUAAACCGUACCCAUCAGUGUGGCACCAUUCAGCUGGACUUCCAACUCCCUUGUAGAUUCAACUUGCAGUACAAGAACAAGGAGUUUGGGGUACUAAACGAAGGAGAUAAUAAGGGGGAAGGUGCCAUGUGCAAACGGGAGGAAGUGAUGGAGAAUCACGGUGCAGAUACUGACCUCUCCGCGGAUAAUGCAGAGCAACUGAAAAAGGGUUUCGAUCGACCAGUUAUUAUACACAGAGCUAUCCUCGGUUCCGUGGAAAGGUUCGUUGCCAUUUUGAUUGAACACACAGCUGGUAAGCUGCCCUUUUGGAUCUCGCCAAGGCAAGCCAUUGUCCUCCCCGUAAGUGACAAAUUUAAUGACUACGCAAAUUAUGUGUAUCAGACGCUCAACAAUCACUUUUUCGAUGUAGAGGUUGACACCUCGCUCAACACACUCAAUAAGAAAAUACGAGAAGCGCAGCUGAACCAAUUCAACUUCAUUUUAGUCGUGGGGGAGAAGGAGCUAACGACCAACACGGUCACUGUGCGCAACAGGGAUGACCAGAACAACCACGAGGUGUGCUCGUUGGAGGAACUCAUCGCUCGAUUCAAGAAGCUGCUCGAGGUCAACUCGAUGCCCUUCAACCAGGUCAAGCCCUUCAACCAGGCAAAGCCCCCCCAGUGA